CCCAAACAGAGCUUCUUAAGCCAUCUUCCUCAUGAGAGAUGCAUGAAAGAACUACUCGGAUUACAAUAAGAAGGAGACAAGGCGUACAUAGACAGCUUCAAUUCAGACCCAGAAGGACUCAGAAAGCCAAGACAAUUUAACAGAGCUAACUAUAUGAUUAUCUGGUGGAGUGCAUUCCCAGCACACCUUCAUGUUGCCCAUUGUCUUCUUUGCACUCAUCGUUACUUGGUGUUUAACCAAGGGCAACUGCAUCUCCUAUGAUGAACUGAAGGACCUGAAGAUUGAAUUUGGAAUCAAUCUCUACCGCCAUGCCUCUGAAGCGGAGAACAGAACCAACCUGGUCAUUUCCCCAGCAAGCGUGGCCAUUUCUUUGGAGCUGCUGCAGUUUGGAGCUCAAGGAAAUACCUUCAUGGAGCUGCAGAACGCCCUAGGAUACAACAUUCAUGAUCCAAGUGUGCAGGAUAUGUUGCAUGAGGUGUACGAAGGACGAGCUGACUCUGUCCAGGGCGUCGUGGCCCAGCUGGCGUGCUCCCUCUUUGUGCACACUGGUGUGCAGCUCUCGCCCCAUUUUGCUGCACGUGCCAUGCACUGGGCCAACAGCAGCCUGCAGCAAGCUGACUUCACUGACCCCAACCGAACUGCAGCCCAAAUACAGGGGUGGAUCACCGGUAACCUCGCAGGACAGCCUAUGUCUCCCUCUCCAUCUCUGUCCCUCGCAGACGGGGACGUGCACAGUGUGCCUUCCGACGGAGCUGCAUCACCACUCAGCCGGGUUGCUGUGGUGAGCACCAUGUACUUCAAGAGCACGUGGCUGAAGAAGUUUUCCUUUUUGGAUACCCAGAUCUUGCCUUUUACCACGGCAGAGGGCUCAACCCUGAAAGUGCCCACAAUGCAUCAUACAGCUGAAGUUAACUACGGUCAAUUCCAGACAACAACUCAGGAUGCUUUCAGUGUCGCUGAGUUACCUUACCUAGGGGAGAAACUCAGCAUGUUCAUAGUACUUCCCAGCCACAAAAGAACGCCUUUGUCCCAGAUUGAGUCUCAUCUUUCUGCCAAAACCAUAGCACUCUGGUCCAGCGGCUUAAAGAGGAUGAAGAUGGACAUUUUUCUACCUAGGUUUAGUAUUCAAAGCCUUUUUGAUCUAAAGACUGUUUUUUCUGCCUUGGGAAUUAGAGAUGCAUUUGAUCCCAUCACUGCUAAUUUUAAAGGUAUUUCAGAGCAAGCUGGCCUUUAUAUUUCAGAAGCUAUCCACAAAGCAAAGAUUGAAGUAACAGAAGAUGGUACGAAGGCAUCAGGAGCUACAGCAAUGGUACUAUUGAAAAGAUCUCGAACACCUAUUUUCAAAGCAGACAGACCUUUCACUUUUUUCCUGAGACAAGCCAACACAGGUAGGUGCACUUGCUGUUUCAGCAGCAGAAUCAUUCACAAGUAGCACUCAAAUCAGUAAGAAGCUCGUUGUACAUAAAGUGCUGUUCUUCAGUCCAGGACAUUUCAACAGCCAGCAACAGCAGGUUUAGACUUAAAGCAUACAUAAGGAAUAGUUUAAUUUCCUUAAAAAUAUAUAAAAGAUAGCCAAGUCAGGAAAGCCAAAUUAACUUGUCUAUGUAUGUAGUAGAUUAGUGUGGUGAUCAGGACAAGGGGCGUGGGUCUAAACUAAAGGAAGGGAAAUUUAAAUUGGAUGUCAGGGUGAAGUUCUGUAUUGAGAGAGUGGUGAGGCACUGGAACAGGCUGCUCAGAAAGGCUACAAAUGCCCCAUCCCUGGAGGUGUUCAAGGCCAGGUUGGAUGGGGCCCUGGGCAAUCUGAUCUAGUACUUGGUCUAGUGGCUGGCAGCCUUGCCUGUGGCAAGGAGGUUGGAACUUGAUGAUCCUUGAGGUCCCUUCCAACCCAAGCCAUUCUAUGAUUCUACAAUUUCUAGGGUAGGCACCAGAAGUACUGAAGAUCUUAAAUGCCCCAGCACAGGAGACAGACCUCCGCAGGGUAAUCUGAAUCCCAAAUGAGCAGCAGUAGUAUCUGAAGUUAAAAUACAGAAUUUUCCCCUGCAAAACAAACUUACUCAUACCUGCGCAGGUGGCAUGGAGCAAAUAGAGUUCUGAGCGCAGGCAGCAGGACUCCAGGGCCUGAAAUUCCCUGUGUUAGCACUACCUCAGCUGUUUGAAGGGGCAUAGCUCAGCAGUUCAGCAAACUAACAGCCUUCUACCCAGCUCCAGUUGCAAACAUACAGAAGUUUCUCUUCUCCUGUAUCAAAUAUCAACACCUUUGAGGAGACUCUUCCCUACUUCGCAUUCUCAUGAAACAUUCAGGUUCUCAAAAGCCACGGAUGUUCACUGGCUGUCACUAACAGACUGACACCUUAGCUCUGCAGAAAGCCUAAAACUUAUGCAUUCACUUCUGCAAUUAUCUUCAGGGUUCAGUAAAACACUGGGUUCUGCCUAAAAAGACCUGAAGAAAUUAUUUGCCUUAUCUGCUUACAAGCAGUUAAUCACGCUCAUUGCCUGUAAAUACCUGUGUAAUUAACACUCCACUUUACAAAUUCUGGUGAAUCAAAGCAUAGGUACUAAGCAAGGGCAAAAAUCAGGGAAAAGGCACUGAAGUAAAUCUGGCCCACAAAAUCUGAGCCAUUGACUCCUUAGGAUUAGGCCAAACACUGAUUUUGGGGAACAAAUUUGCUCAGCUUACAGUAUAUGAUAAAUUGCAUGAAAAUUAAACGCAGUUGUAAAAUAGGAAUUACAUGAUUGAAGUGUAUGUAUUAUUACGCUUCAACUCAAAACACAGAAGCACACUUAAUAUUUCCAAUGGAAAAAAAAAAAAAAGGAAGCCCAAAAACAUUGUCAUUGUAUUUGUUCACACUCAGUAAAUUAAGUUUUUCAUUAGGAAAAUGGGAAAGUUGUAUUUCUCUGUUCAAAAGUGAUUCUUCAGGAUGUGUCCUGGGCAAGUCUCUGGUUGGACUACUAUUUUGAAAUGUCUGUUUUUAAUACAGUAAUGAUCAAAAUUAUUCUAAGGCAAGCAUGUAAUUGCACAAUCAAUUUUUCCAUAUAAUGAAGAAUUUCAAAUCUGCUACUUCCAUGCUUUAAUUCAAGCAUUUAAACUGUACUACACUCUUUGAAAACUCAGUCCCCAUUUAAUUUUUUUUUUUUUUUUUUACAGGUUCAGUACCCUUCAUAGGAAGAGUUACAAAUCCUUCACAAUAAAUGCUAGUCAAAUACCAUCUUCUGCUCCUCCUAUGGUGAACUUUCCUUUGAUGAAAUUCAAGGCUACGUUAUAUAUGUAUUUAUUAAAACAUUACUCUUGCUUCUUGCAAAAAAUAUGAAGUCCUCUGCUACCUUAUUACUUUGUACACACUACAGGAAACUUGGAUCUGUCUGGAAAUCAUUAGCACCACAACUACAGCAAAGAUUAAACAUAUAUCUUAGAGGAAAAAUUGAACAG